AUGUGUGGGCGCUAUGCUCUGGGCGUGCGCAUGGCGUAUAUCCGCCAGCAGUUUCAAGACAGAGGCAUGCAAGUGGACGAAGCACCAGAAGACGAUGAAGUUCGGGAGACAUACAACUUUCCCCCAGGAAGUUUCGGUGCUGUCUAUCGAGCCGACGUCCCUGAUCAUGAUCAUUCUGGCUCGGCACAAGAAACCGAACAGGAAAACCGAAACCACGGACAGAAAACCCAGCAGAAAACAAAUGAAGGGCAAUUAAAUGAUAAUUCUGAUAUCAUUGGCCCAACUUACAAGCUUCAGAGCAUGAAAUGGGGACUGGUUCCCUUCUGGACUAAGCGACAGCCAGACUAUGGCUCUAUGAUGCGUACGAUAAAUUGUCGAGAUGAUUCCCUGGCCGAUGACCGUGGUAUGUGGACAACCAUGAAAAAGCGCAAGCGAUGCAUUGUUAUCUGCCAAGGCUUUUAUGAAUGGCAGAAGAAAGGACCAGGAGGGAAGGAGAAAGUACCUCAUUUCGUCCGGCGGAAAGACGGUGAUUUGAUGUGCUUUGCCGGGCUAUGGGAUUGUGUCAAAUACGAAGAUGCUGAAGAGAAGCUCUACACAUACACGGUCAUCACAACCUCCUCGAGCUCAUCUCUGAGCUUCCUACAUGACCGAAUGCCUGUUAUCAUGGAUUAUGGAAGCAAGGAGAUGAUGACAUGGCUGGAUCCUAAUCGAAAAACCUGGUCAAAAGAACUGCAGGCUAUCCUUCAGCCUUAUGAAGGCGAGCUUGACUGCUACCCGGUCUCGAAGGAGGUUGGCAAAGUGGGAAAUAAUUCACCCGACUUUAUCAUUCCUGUCAACAGCAAAGAGAACAAGAAUAACAUCGCCAACUUCUUCUCCAACGCGAAAGCAAAUGAGAAGAUCACAGCCUCCGCGCCCGUAAAGAAGGAAUCUGGGUCUCAAGGGACCAAGAUUGAGCAUAAGGGUGAGAAAAGUAUGGCUGAUCAUGGCAUAAAGCGAGAAUACUCUCCAGAAAGCGUGACAGUUGCGGAAGAAGUCAAAAAGCAAAAGGCAUAUCAACCUUCGGUCACGCCUUCGCCUCAAAAAUCCAAGAUGCGCAGUUCGCUCCGCAAUACCCCCCUGAAGAAACCGAAAGGGGCGAAGCCAUCCGAUGGAUCAAAACGAAUAACAAGUUUUUUUACUAAAAAAUAA